AAACCGAUCAAAAAUAUCGUUAAGUUCACUCUCUCGUCAGCCAUUCGCGAACUGUUCGUCAACUCGUCGUAAACCGUCUCCGGCCGUGUCGCAUCACGGAGUAAGCUUGUUUGUGACGUCAUUAGAAGAUAAGAGCCUUCAUUAUCUUGGCAGCGAGGGGGGCCGGCACGCGUAACGAUUCUCCUACGAUAUUUCCAGCUGGCUACUUGCGACCGACCCGUCGCGACGCGUGCAUCGAUGUUAACCGAUAUACUGGACGAUUUAUCACGUAUCCAUAACCCUACCACGAGAACCAAUCACGCGUCGAAGUUAACAUAGGUGUCGAUCGAAAAUAAUCGAUAUCGGUAAGAAAGUAUUCGAAGAUAUCGACCCAGUGUAUUCGAUUCGCAAGAAUUAUCAUCCAUCAAAAAGUGAAUUCGUGAAGUGCAUACAUAUGUAGAUAGAUCAUAGUUUGUACACGUGUUAGUUCUCGUUAUCGUUAUCGUGUACGAGGAAAGUUAUCAAAUCGUUCCAAUUUCAUCGACACCAGAUAUAGUAGAUAUAGUAGCUUCGAUAUCCUCGAGCUCUCGUCUCUUUUCCUUAAAAAAAAAAAAAAAAAGAAUUAUCUCUUACGAUUAAGAAGAAGAAAACGCCGGCGCCAUUAUAUAUAUUGUUGUUGACUCGCGCGAUCAAUCAACGAGACGUUUGAACUUUAAACGAAUCCAAUAAAAUUUGAUACCCUCGUUGUUCCCGUUGUUCUUCGGACGUUGUGCCGCAUUAAUAAGCCCCUCGAUAAGCGCAAGGAAAACAUUGCCGCCAUUACUGUUGACUCAUGUAUAAUCAUCAGUCACUCGACUCGUGCAGAGAUCGUUGCUUCAAAGAUCUAGAUCUCGAAGAACGUUCCAUAACUAUGAAGUCUCACGAGAUUUGGGAGAGGAGUAUCGCGUUUAUCGAGCACGAAUUGUUACCGGAAAUGGUGCACGAUCGUUACUUCUGCGAGCCGAAUUCCAGGGAAUUCGUCGAGUUCGACUCGGCCACUAUACGUCUCGACGAGCUGAGCCGAAGCAGCGAGAUUUAUCGCGUCACGGUUGCGGUCAAGUUCUCCGGCGAGCCACGUAGCUUCCCGCUAGUUUUGAAAUUGCUUCCGGAGGAGGGGGCGGAGCACACGGGGCGUACGGCGUUCGACGCGUUCCAGAACGAGGAGAUGUUCUACUCGAAGAUGGCCCCCAAAUACGGGCCUGAUCUCGUUCCAAAGUGUUACCUGUCCGACCUGGGCCGUUACGGAAGGACCGUGAUCGUGCUGGAGGAUCUCGAGAAGGAUGAUUACAAGCAGGUUGACGGCGAACUGGACGAGAAUCAUUUGAAAUUGUGCGUGCAAGUUUUGGCCAAGUUUCACGCGAGGGGGUUGAGGCUGAAGGCGACCGAGCCAGGGAUCUUCAGGGAGUUUGAGGCGAAACUUCUUGAAAUUUCCCUCACCGAGGAGGCUGUGCUCCAUUACGAGAAGAGAUCGACUAGAAUGUUGGACAUCCUUGAAUCCUUAUCGAACUCGGCCUUUGCCGAGAAGAUGAAACGGAGGUUAAACAAGAAUCCAAUGGAAAUCGUGAAAGGUAUCGUGACGGAGGUGAACGACGUUUCCACAAUAUGUCACGGCCAUUUUUCACACGAUAAUCUGCUGUUCAAAUAUCAGAACGGGAAACCUAUCGGCGCGAAGGUGAUCGACUGGCAAACAAUGAGAUAUUGUUCGCCGGCUGUCGAUCUUGGGCCCAUUCUGCUGUACAACGUGACGCACGAGGAUGGCUCGUCGAAGGUGCAGGAAAUUUUGACGCUGUACAUCGACACCGUCAGAUCUGAAUAUCCGGAAGUGGACGGCCAACGGCUCAGGGAAGACAUCGUGGAGAAAUUCUUCUUUGCCGGUGUCGUUCUUUCCUUCCUAGAUCACAUUACCGACGAAGAACUUACCCGCGUUUUGCUACUUUUGGAACAAUUGGACGAUUUCAACUGAACCGUUUUAUUUAUUCGUUCGAUUUUUUUUUAAUCAGUGAUUCAUAUAUUUCAGCGUUUUGUCUCUUCUUUUUUUUCUUUUUUUUUAUUACCAGUUAAUGGAUUAUUUCUGCAGAAGAAGAAAUAAAAUAUUUUAAAGGUAUUUUAAAGGUUGGUAAAAAAGUAAUUUCCUUUUCGUUUUGUAUACCGAUGAAUGAAAUUCAUUCAUAAAAUAUGAUAAUGACGUGUAAAAUACAA